AAGGAACUUGAAGCCCACACGGCCACUCUCCUUCUCUACUUCCUCUUUCGUCUUCCAUCCUCUUUGUAGCUCUCUUUCGCAUGCAUUACAGAUAGAAUGGCCACUGCGCAGCAUCCUAUCCUCCGGGCGACAGCUUCCGCAGUGGAUCCGGCAAAGCUUCGACUUCCUCUCAACAGGGAAGAGGAAGAGGUGGAGUUACAGGAGGAGAAGCCUCGAAGGGCCAAGCGCGUCGCUGCGCUCGACAUCUUCCGGGGACUCACCGUUGCCCUGAUGAUCCUGGUGGACGGGGCUGGCGGCGAAUGGCCAGUGAUAGGGCACGCCCCCUGGAAUGGCUGUAACCUAGCGGACUUUGUGAUGCCUUUCUUCUUGUUCAUCGUAGGGAUGGCCAUUCCUCUGUCCCUAAAGAGGAUGCCCAGCCGGGUUCUCGCUAUGAAGAGGGUCCUUGUCAGAACGAUUAAGCUCAUCUUCUGGGGCCUCAUCUUGCAAGGUGGAUACUCACAUGCACCUGAUGAGUUGAACUAUGGAGUCGAUAUGAAACAUAUAAGAUGGUGUGGCAUCCUCCAGAGAAUUGCUCUUGCAUAUUUGGUGGUGGCUCUACUGGAAAUUUUUUCAAAGAGUACCGAAGUUCAGGAAGACGCACGUACAGGAUGGUCAGUGUUUAAGAUAUAUUAUUGGCAGUGGAUUCUGGGUGCAUGCAUCCUUGUGAUCUACCUCACCACAAUUUAUGCGACAUAUGUUCCUGACUGGCAGUUCACUGUCCAUAAUACUAAUAGUGUGGACAAUGGAAAAGUCUUCACGGUUGUAUGUGGUACGAGGGGCAGAUUGGAUCCUCCAUGUAAUGCUGUUGGAUAUAUUGAUAGGCAAGUGCUGGGAAUUAAUCAUAUGUACCAACGUCCUGCCUGGAAGAGAUCUAAGGCUUGCACUUACGAUUCUCCCCAUGAGGGUCCAUUUCGGAGAGAUGCUCCUUCUUGGUGUCAGGCCCCAUUUGAUCCUGAAGGGAUACUUAGCUCAAUCUCUUCUAUUCUAAGCACCAUCAUUGGAGUACAUUACGGGCAGGUGCUUCUGCAUAUGAAGAGCCACCUGGAUAGGUUAAAGCAUUGGGUUUUGAUUGGUUUUGGGCUUCUCAUUCUUGGAAUUUUGCUGCAUUUUGUGCAUGCCAUUCCGCUCAACAAACAACUGUAUAGCUUUAGUUAUGUUUGCACUACGGCUGGAGCAGCUGGAAUUGUGUUUUCUGUAUUUUAUAUAUUGGUUGACAUUUUACAUCUACGCACAAUCUUUAUGCCAUUGGAGUGGAUUGGCAUGAAUGCCAUGCUAGUCUUUGUCAUGGCUGCAGAAGGCAUCUUUGAAGGCUUCCUCAAUGGGUGGUAUUAUGAGAGCCCAAACAACACUCUGGUUUAUUGGAUUAAGAAGCACAUAUUUAUCAAUGUCUGGCAUUCAAGAAGGGCGGGCAUUCUCCUCUAUGUUAUCUUCGCUCAAAUCCUAUUCUGGGCGCUUGUCUCUGGCAUUCUACACCGUUUCAGGAUUUAUUGGAAGCUAUAAUAUCUGGUCGUGUUGGCUCAAACUUAAAUUAGUUUGCAGUUAUUUGAUGCCCAUUUAUUCUGCGAUUUGUGAUGUAAAAGAUGAAGUGUAGGU